UCACCAGUAAGGCCUCCCUUCAGCUGCCAGAUCUUAACAAACAUUUUGUGUUACGGACUUGGCGCAGUACUUUUACAGGAAUGCGCAGGCGCUCUGAGGCCCGUUGCCUUCGCAAGCCACACACUGACCGGGGCGGAACGCAACUACUCGGUAACAGAAAAAGAGUGCCUGGCUAUCAUUUUCGCAUUAAAGAAGUUUGACAUGUUUUUGGACGGGGCUCAGUUUGUCAUUCAGACUGAUCAUCAAGCGCUCUCUUGGCUGAAACGAUUGCCUAAUCCCUCCGGACGAUUGGCCCGAUGGGCGCUUACCUUGCAGCGCUAUGACUACGUCAUUGAGUACAAGAAGGGUAGCACUAACACAGUUGCUGACGCACUUUCACGUGCACCUUUGUCUAUUGAACCCCAGGUCGAGCCGGAAACAGUGUGUGCGGUUGCGACAACAGCUGUGACAAUGCAGUCACGUUGGGGUACUUUGGUGAGUAAACAGGAGCUCCUUGCAGCACAGCAUGGCGAUGGCCUUUGUUGUAAGGUGUCAGAAAAACUAGCGGCUCGUGAUCCAACUGACACCGGAAGCGACGAGGAGACAGACUGCUACCUGCUCGGAGAAGGAGGCCUCUUGUUCCGGUACUUUCCUCAGGUUGACGAUGGUAGUGUGGAGUCACCGUUUCGAGUUGUCAUUCCUCGCAAACUUCGCAAAUUGUUCAUAAAGUACUACCAUGACAGUGCGUUAGCUGGUCACUCUUCAGGGCAGAAAACUUACGAGAAGCUGUGUCGUACGGUAACCUGGCCAGGGUUGAAACAGGAUGUAUUACGCUACGCGCCAGCUGCGGACCCGGACAUCCCCCACCAGAGCUCAGCCAAACAGUCACAGACACCGCCAAUAUGGAUCGCCGCCAACGAACCCAGGGCCGACGACGCCACCCGUAUGCCAGGCCUGCGCCCUCAGCUCCUCAUCGGGCAGGGCCGCAGUAUACCCGCCCCCACCCACGAGCCUGCCGGACCUGUGGAAUCGUGCGGCCACUCCACAACGUCACCACGUGGACCGUACUAUCGGGGCAAACCUCCGUGGGGCAGAGACGUCCCCGAACCCUUCCGUGGACUGACCCUGGAGGACCGCCACCCGAACGAACCCGGCGCGUCAUACACGGAGGAGGAGCGGCGCCUUCUUUGCGCCCUGUGCGGGGUACCGGAAAUACACCGCAGCACUCAUCGCGCCAGUCCGCUACAUGCGGAACGCGCGGCAGCCGAGCGGGCACGGCAGCACGUUCCAAAUGACGAGGAGGCAGUAACACAGGCACUCCUCGUACUACGCAGCCUUCGGCCCGACCUCCUGGCGCGCCCGCAAGCCAUAAGGGAGGACGACAUAUUAGAUAUAGAAAUCAACGACGUGUGA